AUGAGGUACGAGGCCUACCGUACGGGCGAGAUCCGCGGCGGCGAGGCCGACUAUCCCAAUUAUGCCGGGACCAGUCCGAGGUUCGCCGCUGCGCCGUCGAGGACGGAACAAUACGGGCAUGGUGGAUACACGGGGCCGGGCUACAUUGACGACGUAUUCGGCGAGGAGCGGGACCACGACAUCAAGUACAAGACGCUGAGCUGGCCAGUCGUAGCCGUCAUAAUGAUCACCGAGAUUGUCUCAAAUGGCAUGCUGACCCUUCCCAGCAGCCUGGCUGCCGUGGGCGUCGUGCCUGGCGUUGUAGUCAUCUUCUUCCUCGGCGCCUUUGCAACUUACACAGCCUGGGCCCUGAUCAAGUUCAAGCUUGAGCAUCCCGAAGUGCACAACAUGGGUGAUGCCGGUAUGAUCAUGUUUGGGCCAGUUGGGAGAGAGAUCCUGGGUGGUGGUACUGUCAUCUUUGCCGUGUUCGCCACGGGCAGCCAGCUUCUGGCUGGGCAGCUUGCACUGAGCGUUCUGUCCGGAAACAAGCUGUGUGCACUGGCGUUUACCGGCAUUUUCACAGCGGCUGUGACCGUGCUCAGCUUCCCCCGAACCUUGGGGAACUUGGGUUGGCUGUCUAUCCUCGGGGGCGUAUCCAUCAUCGUGGCCGGCAUUGUUGGUAUUAUUGGAGCUGGCGUCGUACCCGUCGACCCCGGCAAUGUUGCCAUCACGGUCACGACCGACUUUACCUCGGCGUUUAUCAGCAUCACGAAUCCAGUAUUUGCGUAUGCAGGACACUUUAUGUUCUUCAUUCUGAUAUCCGAGAUGAAAAAUCCGCGUGAUGCAAUGAAAGCAGCUUGGACGCUUCAGAUCGUGGCUACCUCCUUCUACAUUGUAUUCGCCGUCGUCACAUACUGGUACAUUGGGCCGGGUGUGGCUAGCCCAAGCUUCCUCAGUCUGAGUCCGUUGUGGUCCAAGAUUAGUUUUGGGCUGGCAAUUCCCAACUUUCUGAUUGCCGGCAGCCUGUACAGCCACACAGCAGCAAAGCUUGUAUUCGUCCGUCUCUUCAGACGCAGUCGGCACAUACACUCGCACACGGUCACGGGAUGGGGCGUGUGGACCUUUUUGAUCGUGUUGGCCAACGUCGCAGCCUUUAUCUUGGCAGUAGGGAUUCCUAUUUUUAAUUAUCUUGUCGGAAUAGCUGCCUCGCUGUUUGCUGCCUGGUACACAUACGGGUUGGCCGGCGCGUUUAUGCUCCAUCUCUAUUAUUACUCCAAGGGCGGAUGGCGAGCUUGGGCAGAGAGACCCACCAUGGUGUUCAUCAAUGUUCUGACGAUCCUUUUGGGAGCGUUCAUCUGCAUCGGAGGCUUGUAUGCAACAAGCAAGGCCUUGCAGGCGGCUUCAGACGCUGGCGCUCUCCCCCCUCCUUUCCAAUGUUAG